GAGAGCUAGCUGUCUCUGUUAGUUGCCUGUUUUCUGUCUCGGCUUUAGUGAAAGCGGAUAUUGUAAAGUAGAGACCGAGACAGAGCGAAGCCUUCAGACGGAGUUGUCGUGCCAAUCUGGGCGAACGGAUCUCCCUUCCUGGCCUGGCCAUGGACGAGCAGGCGGGCCCCGGUGUGUUUUUUAACAAUAACAAUAACUCGGCUUUGGCCGGCGGAGCGAAAGCGGUGCAGCAGCCGGGCGACGGAGGCGGAGAGGCGGUGAGGGCGCAGUAUAACAUCCCGGGGAUCCUGCACUUUCUGCAGCACGAAUGGGCCCGGUUCGAGGUGGAGAGAGCGCAGUGGGAUGUGGAGCGGGCCGAAUUACAGGCUCAGAUUGCCUUCCUACAGGGUGAGCGGAAAGGCCAGGAGAACCUGAAGAAGGAUUUGGUGAGGAGGAUCAAGAUGCUGGAGUAUGCUCUGAAGCAGGAAAGGGCAAAAUACCACAAGCUGAAGUAUGGGACUGAACUCCUGCAGGGAGACAUGAAAGCACCGAGCUAUGAUUCAGAUGAUGGCAAUGAGAAUGAGGUUCUUCCAGAACCACCGAACAGCCAGCUGAGCUGGAAACAAGGAAGACAGCUUCUGAGGCAGUACCUCCAGGAGGUGGGCUACACAGACACUAUCCUGGAUGUGAAGUCUCAGAGGGUGAAGGCGUUACUGGGGCUGACGGGAGACAGUGUGGAGCGAGCUGGGGAACGGAGGACAGAGCCCAUGGUGAACGGCACGGAGCCUUCGUCUCUGAAGGAAAGCACCACCAACAUGAUGGGGAAACCAGAAAUGUCUGACUCGGCAACAGUUCUGGAGGCCUUCAAGUUCAUUGAGAGCGCAGCUGCAGAGUUCAGUGAUGAGGAUGAUGAUGAAGACAGUGACGGGAGGGAAAAGACCAUCAUUGACUUGGCAACACAGAUGAUGAGGAAGAAGAUGUCCCCAUCUCCUUCCUCCUCCUCCUCCUCGGCUGAUCUGAGCGAUGACCCGGACACUGAGGAGGCUCUGAAGGGCUUUGACUUCCUGGCCAGCAGUGAGGACAUGGAGGGUUCGCCAGAAUCUCCCGCCACCGGAGACGUGGCUGAUUGGGAGAAGGAGCCAAACGCCAUGACCGAGGCCUGGGAAGUGGACCAGAGCCUGAUCUCGAAACUCAAGGAGCAGUACAGGAAGGAGCGCAAAGGCAAAAAGGGGGUAAAGAGGCCGAACAGGUCCAAGCUGCAGGACAUGCUGGCUAAUCUAAGAGACGUGGAGGAUCUUCCCUCCAUGCAGCCCCCCGUGGCUCCCCCUGUCAGACCCAGCUUACCCCGACUCAACGAGCAUGAUCUCAGCCGUGCGGAUGAAGUGGAAGCUCUUACGUUCCCUCCAUCAACUGGUAAAUCGUUUAUAAUGGGAGCGGAUGAGGCUCUGGAGAAUGAGCUGGGACUGGGAGAGCUGGCAGGACUCACUGUAGCGAAUGAAGCUGAGAGUCUGGCAUAUGAUAUCACCAACAACAAAGAUGCUCUGAGGAAGACGUGGAAUCCCAAGUUCACUCUGAGGAGCCAUUUUGACUCCAUCCGCAGUCUGGCGUUCCACCCUCAAGAGCCGGUGCUGGUCACAGCUUCGGAGGAUCACACGCUGAAGAUGUGGAACCUGCAGAAAACAGCUCCUGCCAAAAAGUGUGCUGCUCUUGAUGUGGAGCCCAUUUACACGUUCCGAGCUCACAGGGGUGCAGUUCUGUGUGUGGUCAUGAGCAGUAACGGAGAGCAGUGUUUCAGUGGAGGAAUGGACGGAACCAUUCAGAGCUGGAACACUCCUAAUCCAAAUAUUGACCCCUACGACUCGUAUGAGCCGUCUGUGCUGAGGGGGGCGCUGUGUGGUCACACUGAUGCAGUAUGGGGUUUGGUCUACAGCUCGGCCCACCAGCGGCUGCUGUCCUGUUCAGCAGAUGGAACGGUGCGACUUUGGAAUGCUGCAGACACCUCACCCGCCCUUGCCAUCUUUAAUGAGGACACGGAGUUAGGCAUCCCCUCCUCUGUGGAUCUGGUGUGCAGUGAGCCAGCUCACAUGGUGACAGCCUUUAGCAACGGCAGGACAGGCAUCUUCAACAUGGAGACGCAGCAGCUGGUGCUGGAGCUGGAGUCUCAGAAUGCAGGGGAGCCAGAUGCCCCUCGUCAGAUCAACAAAGUGCUGAGUCACCCGACUCUGCCCAUCACCAUUACAGCACAGGAGGACCGCCACAUCCGCUUCUUCGACAACAACACAGGAAAACUUAUUCACUCCAUGGUGGCUCAUCUGGACGCUGUGACCAGCUUAGCAGUGGAUCCUAAUGGCCUCUACCUGAUGUCUGGUAGUCACGACUGCUCCAUCCGUCUUUGGAACAUGGAGAGUAAGACGUGCAUUCAGGAGUUCACAGCUCACAGGAAGAAGUUUGACGAGUCGAUCAACGAUGUGGCGUUCCACCCCACUAAGUGCUACAUCGGCAGUGCCGGAGCCGACGCCCUCGCCAAAGUCUUCGUAUGACCUCUGACCUCUGUGACCUUGAGGAAGGGACACGGACCCUAACGGCAAAGACGAGAGUUGCCUUUUAGAAAGAGGCUUUCCCUCCUUGCUUUGGAAUUUGUGAUGAUGAAUAAAGAGAAGGCUUGUCAGGUGGACGUCACUCCAGCCCUUGUUACCCACAAACCCCCUGUCUGAAAUGUGUAACCCCUCGUCCAGGCAGGCCUGGGUGGGGGUGGGGUGGGGGGGAUAGGAUGGAGCCACAACACUGGAGCUCAGUACAAACACUCCCUUUGGGAAUUCCAGAUGUCAACCCUGCUGGAGAGAACCUCUUCACAGAAGUGUGUGCGUGCGUUCGCGCAUGUGCGCACACGUUCACUCCUCUCCAGCAUGACAGGGUUGCCCUUUGAGCCGCUCCUGCUUCGUCAGCCUCACAGGAAGUCGGGUGUUUCCGACACCGUUCAUUUUUCCCUCUUCCUUUCUUUUUCUGCUUUCUGAAAAGAGAAAGUGAAAAGAGAACAUAAGGCUCCUGACCUAGAUGGUCUGUGUGAAGUUCUCUCAGAGUAAACUGUUCGAUGACGAUGUGCCUUUGUUUCCAAAUACAGUCUCGGUAAACAGCGGUAACACAGGAGGUCUCGGUCAAGCUCAGGCUGGAGGGAGUCGUCCCAGUUUAUCGGCUCUUCACACGCACAGAGCCGUGCUGUAACAUAAUAAUCAUUCCUCGUUUCUUAGUUUUAUGACACUGUGGGUUUUCAAUGGAUUAGUCUCUACAAGCGUCUACAGUAGGGUUAGGGAAAUCCAGUAUCUUUUGUUGUUGUUUUUUUUUUUUUUUUUAUGAGCAUUGCAACUUGGGAUCACCAUGCUGAUGGCAAAUAUUAGAUUGAAAUGAAUUAAUGGCUUUGAUAUAAGAGGUCGUCUCACUGAGGGGGAUCUUAAAGGAAUACACCAGAGUUUUUAAUCCUCAUUAGUGUUCACCAAGUCAAGUCUACAGCGCAUUUAAAAACAACAGGAGUUGACCCAAAGCGCUUUACAGUCUAGGCACAAGCAAUUCAAUGGGCAUGAAUAAGAAAAAUGGAAAGAGAGAAAUAAUAAGGCAAGACUGAAGAUAUAAAAUCAUGAAAUUCGAACAGAAGAUCGUAAAAUCAUAAAAGCGAUCAUGAAAUCGUAAGCUCAAUCAUAAAAUCAAGAGAGGAUAUGGGGUCAGGAGCAUAUCUACAGGUUACCGUGGAUGAUAAUUUUGACGUGUCCUUGUGUAGAGAAAGGAGCAAAAACCUGCUUAGUUUAAACUCACUUCGAAUAAAGGUUUAAAGGCAGUUGUUAAAUGUCAUCAGUGAAGAUAAAUAAAUAAAAUCCGCCACUGUAUGAUGCAAAUUCAAAAAAAAGAACCAUUACACAGUAGAAAUUAAGGUUUCGCCAGAGCUGUUCUCACUUUCCAAAACUGGAGCAGUGCAGUGAAACCGUAUUCUGGUUGCAUUCUUUGCUCUGCAAAAUUAUUCCAAUCUCUGAAAGAUGAAUUAAAGGAACAGUCCACCAUACUUCCA